AGGGACUACGACGGACAAUUUCUUCCCUCAUAUUAACUUGGUUCCAUCUUCUUUGUUGGGGUCCAGAGUCGACCAGGUUUUCGAUUUCAAUAUUAUCAAUAGACUGAGGUUUUGUGCAGCCUUUUUCUCGUUCCUUUCCUUGUUUUAAGAAGCAUGUUUUUGUAGUAGAUCUUCACACAAUACGUAUUGCAAAGAUUUAAGUAUGCGGACCACUUAGAAAUACAGACGAGCGUUUUUUCUGCAGAGCAGUUUGUCUUAAUGACUUUAUUUGCAUCCUUCUCAAUAAUUUUGUUCGCCGCGUGUUUUGUUGGAGAAUAGGUUGUGUCGUAAAAGCGAACUACUACAAGAUAACGAGAUAUUUGCAAUGAAAUUUUUAUCGUUAUUCAGGAGACUGAAAGGGGAAGAGCCGUCAUGACGUCUGGUGGUAUCUCUAGCCGUGCGAAGAACAAGGCCGCGACGAUGGUCAAUAGGAAUCCUCAAAAGUCACAAAAUGCACCGUCGUCCUCGUCCACCUCCUCGUUUCCACAUGCCGGAACUACAAGCGCGAUGAACGUAGCGAAUACGAGCACUGAGCAGAGCGUGCAAAGGCAAAGACGCCCGAAUGCUGACACUGAGUCGGGCGUGGAACUACAACAACUCGACGGAGAUGGCGACGGCAGGAGACGCGCCAGUACAGCGCCGCCGCCGGACGGCGCAGCGGUGGACACUACUGAAGUCCAAACAAGCUGUCUCGGGGGAGACGCGUUCCAAGUUACCAAGGAGGAGGAAGCGAAUAGAAGAAGAAAGCGACCACUUCAUUGGUGCACCCGUUGGACCAUGCAUUGGUCAUUUAAAAUAAUACCCUGGACGGCGGUUUCAUCAACUCCAUUGGCUGCUGUGUACUCAAUAAAGGGAAUCAUGACAAAGCUCGGAUUCGAAGAGUGGGGAAUGGCGUACACAAGCACCGUUGCCACAACAUACUGGCUCGCGGCUAUGGUACUCUAUCAGAUUUUGUCAGCAUUUUUCACCUGCUGAUGCUCGGACGUGUGGGUCUUAGGCUUAGGAGUCAGGAUCAUUUUCAUUACCUAACAAAGAAUAUGGGUUGUUAUCUUCAACAAACCUACGACAGAUAAUUUUUAAUUUCGUGAUGGCCUCACUCGUUUCGCCUGGCUUUGUGGAUACUCUCUACGUGCCACCCCACGACCGUCGCCGGGGCAAGUAUCGACUGAAGCAGCCACCAAAGAAAAAAAAGAAGGGAGGAAAUGAGGUCAAGUUAGACCCUGUUCUCGAAGCGAAGCAAAUAGCAGAGGGGAAAUCAGCAAAGGUAGCACAGGCCGAGGACUCUGAUGACGAGGACGAGGUGCCAAUUUAUUACGCGGCACGAUACUGCGAAAAAUGCCAAGUGUGGAAACCUCCAAGGACCCAUCAUGACUCAAUAACUGGGCGCUGCGUGCUGAGGAUGGAUCAUUACUGCCCAUUCACCGGCAACGUCAUCGCGGUAAGCUUUUUCUUUCUUGGGCUUACUAAUAUGGCCAUAACUACAUUUAGUUUUGUGUCAAUAACGCCGUUUGAUUCCUAAAUACGUUCGUUGCAUAAUGACUCGACCAGGGAGCACCCUCUCUUUGUUCUUGUUGCUUUGCAGCAAUAAGCGUCACGUACUAUCCGUAUUCCUCCUAUCACUAGGUGAUGAAUCACGGACACUUCGUUCUGAUGUAUUUUUACGCGACUAUCGGGCUUUUUUGGGCAUUAGCCUGGUGCCUUGCCAUAAUCCAGAGCACGGGAAUGAAACUAACGGAAGAAAAUGCCUCGAUUUUGAAGCAAAAAAUGAGUGGCGGAAUUUUUGAAGGGUGGGAAGGAUACAUCAACUUCGCGCCCGUGCAUUUUACCUUUUUUUUGAUCGAGCUGAUCCCUUCAAUAGUGAAGCACGCGGGAACCGAUGUACUCGUUUUGACAGGUAUUGUGCCGCUAUAGUGCGUCUUGAUGAAUUUCCUUGCACAUGGAUACAGGCGAUUAAGUACUCCUAGAGCUUUUUUGCAGAACAGCACCACGACCACCUGGCUUUUUCCCAUAGUUGUGUUUUCCCUCAACGUCUUCCUCAUAUACUUGCUCCCUGCAUAGAAUUACGUUUUAAACAACUACUUAGAACAUCAACGCAUCAUCUACAAUCUAUCCACGACUUUCACCUUUCUCUUCUUUAUAUUCCUACUUCCUACAACUCAUCCUUAUUUAUUUCCUCCUCAGUUUUGGAUGUAGUGUUUCUGACAAUUGUGCUGUCGUGUGGCGGUCCGGCGUUGAUGUUUGCGGGCUCUAACGUGACAGCGUUGGAAUACAAUCUGCCACAGCUGAAUGAAUAUGUCGAGAUUUCGGACCAAGUCUUUUGUCCGAUCGGCCCUUUUUUCUAUGACACAAAAUCGAGAAUCGCAAACGUCAAGCAAAUACUAGGGUCCAACUGGAUCUUGCGCCUCCUUCUUCCCGUGCCAGGAAAGGUCGAUUACGUGGCGACAGCCUACAAUCCGGUAAAUAGACUAAUAAAUUCAUUUUUGCACACAGUUGUCGGACCAUGAUAUUUCUUCUUUUCUUUCGACGGUAAUAUUGCUUUUUGUUUUUGCAUUUUUUCAAGUCCAAAACCAAAUUCAAACUUUCUUGCAGCCAUGCUCUGCAGAUGCGGUAGAGCAGAUAAAAAUGCGUAUUUUGCAGUGGGAAGAGGAAGGAUGCAGACUGCAAACAAAAAGCUACGCAGAACUUGGGAUUGCUCAACCCCCCGAAGAAGACGAGUUCGAUGAUAGUCCCAAGGACGCAAAACCGCAAACUCCCCAGACGGGCCAAGUGUAGUCGUUGUGGAAGCUAUCCACGUCACACAUCACGUACUAGAAUCAAAAUGACCGCUUCCUUUCACAGCCCCUUCAUGGCUCUUUAAUACUCAUAAUUUGUAGCACUUUCAUACUUCAUUGAAGUUGGUAGGCAGUGACAUCUCUCCCUUCGCUUCUAUUGCUAUAGUUCCCCGCACAGCUACUCGCUACAGCUCCAACACAUCGGUAGUUGCUUUUCAUAUUCGCAUUCGCUUUAUUCAACCGAUGUGGUGGUUCUGGCUUUUUUCGGAAGUCCUUCUCUUCCCGAAUCCUUCUCUCCGUUUUUACACACAAAUGGGACUGCCUCCUCCUUUCUCUGCGAAUUAACAUGCAACAUUGGCGCGCAUCUCUCUCUCUCUCUCUCGACUCGAUUCAUUUGUACUUACUACCGAAGCAUCAAAUGCAGUUGUCUCAAAUCUGAAAGAAUUCCGAGAGUACUAAGACAAAUAGUGGCCUGGUGUAUAGCUCUCUUCCUCUUGUACACAUCAGCGCUAUAGAAGAAAGAGCUCGAAGAUGUCGCGUUUGCAUGUCUAAUCGCAUUGGUUGUAUCGACACGUGUUGAGCUUCUGCAUUAGCUCUCUGGACAAUCAUUAAUACUCGGACGUCACUAAAAGCAGAACACGAAACCGAUGCGACAGCUCGAUGGAGAAGAUCGAGACUAGUACCUACAAGGGAG